CGCGAGGAACGGACGCACCAGCGUCGAGUCAGCGCCGAGACGCCAGUGUUCCGAAAUACCUCGCGUCGGAAAUUCUAAAAAUAAUCCAACCCAGUUCGACAAUCAGUGUCAAAUCGGGUUUUUGUCGGAUUUUCGAAACGCUCCUGCCGAAAAAAUUAGUGCUCGCUCCCCUGUGAUGUAAAUCACCGUCGCGUCGUCCUUCUGGCUGAAAAGUUCGCAAAACUUUUUUCAUCGGACAUGGUUUCCAUAGAAGUGUCGUCGAUUUAAUUCCAUUGGAUUUUCCGAUUUGAUUUAUGUAAUCGUGAUUUUGAACGAUACGAGUUACAUUUGCCGCUGAUUGUUUACGUCGUGUGUCGUUUCUUGUAGAUUGCGGAUUCGAUGAAACAGUUGUUUCUCUGUGAAUGUCGAAAGCGUCGGGUUUUUGGCCUUAAUCCUCGAGUGUUCAGAAGAGUUCGGUUUUGUGUUUAGAUGGAAAGUGGUGUGUGGUUUCAGUGAAUUGUUCCUGAUGGUAUCGAGGAGAUGCAAUUCUUCACUUACAUGGUUUGGUUUAACCACACUUCCAGAACUGUUUUGGGCGCUGGUGCUCCUACUCCUGACCGUACAUUCAAUAUGUCAAGGAACAAAGGUUUAUUCGGCUUCAGAUGACAAAAAAUACCACAAAGUGUCCAGAAGAGAAAUCAUCAUACCAUCCGACAAACCUUUGACGGACGAGAAUUUCAUCAGCAGCCUAGAAGGAGGAAAUGCAAGAAACUCCUGCUACCCGAUGGUGAACAUUGAUAUGGAAAAAAAAGUUUUCCACAGUCCUGGGUAUCCUGCGGUUACCUAUCCCAAUAAUUCGGACUGCACUAUAGUAUUAACAGCCCCUGCUGGUCAUCUAGUUACUCUCGACUUCAGGGACUGGUUCGAUAUAGAAGAGAGCACGGACUGCAAAAACGACUACUUGGAAGUACGUGACGGUCCCUUCGGCUUCAACAGGCAGCUAGAAAAUAGGCGAUUUUGCGGCAAUGAAUUUCCACCGAUGAUGACGUCCAGCGAUAGGCAUCUGUGGAUCCACUUUCAUUCCGAUGAAAAUAUCGAGUGCAAGGGGUUCAAGGCCGUCUUCGAUUUCGUCGAGAGACCACCGUUACUUCAGACGCCGGAGGUGAAACCAUGUCACAUAAAGAAAGAGAAAUUGGAACAGGGACUUCUCGGCAGCUCUGAGAUACCCAAGGAAAUCGUGGAUUUCAAUCAUAUGAACGGUUUGCCAAUCGAUUGUCUGUGGAUUAUCGAAGUCAAAGAAAACUGGAAGGUUCACCUCCAGUUCGAAGAGUUCAAGCUGGAAGUCCCGAAUAACUGCGAAGAGAAUUUCAUCCAGAUUUUUCACGAUAAGACAGAUAUGAGUUCGAAAGAGAAGACUUUCUGCGGAUCCAUGGCGGAUCCUGUCAUGUCCAAGAACAACGUCAUGAUUGUUCGUUUUUAUAAUGAGUUACCAACCAACAAAACCAUGUUCGCUGCCAAUUUCACUGCUUUCAGGGAGAACGCGAAAAAUUCUCCGUUUUAUAUUGCCAAAUGUGCUGCUGAUGAGUUCGACUGUGAUGAUGAAACUUGCAUUUCCAGAGCAUUGAAAUGCAAUAACCUAUUCAACUGUAGAUUUCGAUGGGAUGAAGAUGAUUGUCCGGGACGUACUGAGAAGGGAAAAAACGAUGAACAAAUCACAAUCAUCAUGAUAGUAUUUUCCUUGAUUCUGACUGGAAUGUGCUUCACUUUCAUAUACAACUGUGCUAGAAAAUUAGUAAGGGACCAUAGAACAAUACAGGAAUACAUACGGCAAAGUCGAGAGCAGCUUGAGCUGGACAAACAAGAGCAAAUGGAGAAAAUGUCGAAGGCGGGGAGCAGGGGACCUCGUUCCAGCAGCGGCUCGCCGUCGAUCGACAGGUUCGACAUGACGAACGUGGGGGCCACCACCCCCUGCUACGUCCCCGGGGGGGAGCUCCUUCCUAUCCUGAUCAGGCACAGCGAACACAGCCUAAGCCCGCCGAACGGGGAUCCCAACGGCCAGGGGAUUUACACGGUGGACACGGAAAAUUUGCCAGAGAUGUGCGACAGUGCCUGCCAGACCAGGGAGAGUUUGUUCACUACUCAAGGUUACAGUUCCGGCAACAGUACGCCCAGCCAUUCCAUGCGUACCAACUCCCCGCCAGCGCCUUUCAGCACCUUCGGCUACAAGAAGGAGAACAACAAAUUCAAGGCGGAGGCCACAAUAGAGAUGGGUCAGCACGCCGCCAACAAGUACGACGAGAAGACGAAGAGGCCGUACAGCGUGCAGACGACAAAAUCGGCGCCGGACGUCAUCGUCACCCACUGACAUUUAUUGAGAGCCGAGUGGGAGCCUUACAAGCGAAGACAUCCACGCCGGCAGGACGCUGAAAUCCUCGUUUGUCCAGACCACAGAGACUUCGUAGACAUAGAACGGUGCUCGGAACGCCACGUUCAGACGCAAACCUACGACGAAGAGUUUUUCCGGAUCACGUGACAGUUCGGGGUGGGCGAGGAGGCCGUGAGCAUGCACUUUUGAGGUGACCCAAUAGAAGGGUGGGGGAUUUGGAAAUGAAGCAGGUUGAAUUUUUCAACUUCUAUCGGAAAAUUUUCAUGGGGAGGUUAUGACAACAGCUUCUCGUGUCUUGAUCCAUCAUUAUUUGUAUAAAUCUGAAGCGGUUUCUAUACCUAAAUGUUCCAUGGAGCUGCAGAACCACUAUAUUUCUCUAGAAAAUAAAUAAUUUUCCUGGAAACAGUGAGAAUUAAACUGUGUCAGCUUAUAAUCAUUGCGUAUAAACGUAUUUAAGAGACUGAAAUUACGCAUGCAACUCAAUCAGUACCAAUUUCCAUAAUUACAAUAGGGAAACAUAUUUAUGAUAAUUUUUGAUAUGGAUUUAUGAAAUUUUACUGACAUCUCAGAAAGGCGUUAAAAUA